AUGACUCCUGGAUCUUACGCCUUGCACAACAGCUUCGACCUCCCUCGUAUGGAGCAUCCACUCCACUCUUGGUGUCCUCCGCUGAUACUUCAAACCGUUGAGGCGUACCACAAGGGCCUCAAUGACUUGAGGUCGACGCCUUUCAACCACUUCGUCGACUACUUGGAAGAUGCUGACACCGAGGCGUCGGGGAGUGCUUGGAAAGCUGGUCUCGAUGAGUUCUCCGGCUCUUCGACCCCGGUUUUGCCCCACGCCACCUACAGUCCCAGAGCAACCGACAUGACAGCCCUGGCAAUCGUCAUCAAGGCUAGGCACGCCAACUCCCGCCAGACGGCUUUCGGCAUCACCCUACAAGCUCGCAAGCGACGGCAUACGACCAGCUGCUGCAAACACAACACCUUCUCGUUGCACGCGAAGAUACAACCAGACACCCCAGCCGCCGACACAUUCGACGCAAGCUUCACUUACGCGGAGCUGGACCACAUUUUCAGUCUUCUUGCCCACCGGCUCCGGCUAAUGGGCGUCAAGACAGGCCACACAGUUCCGUUCUACUUCCGCAACACAAGCUCCGCUGCCUACGGCAAGGCUAUAGGCCUCAGUCCAGGAUCCUACGUGCUUCAGUUCGCAGCAUACACCUUUAGCAUCAGCAUACAGGACGUCUUCACGACCCUAGCCCACAGCAGUUACGUCUACCUGAUCUCGGACUCGGACAGGGUGAACGACCUCGCCGAGGCCAUCGACAGAGUGCAAGCCAACUUUGCCGGCAUCACGCCCACGGUUGCAUCCAUGCUCUCCCCGGUAGACGUGCCCACGCUCAGAUCCAUUGUCCUAACCGGCGAGCCCAUUCCAAAGUCCAUCUUCGAGACAUGGCACGCCGAGGUUGACCUUUAUCACUUCUAUGGCCCUGCUGAGUGCUCCAUCUACUGCUACUCCUCUCACUGGCUCCUAGUCCAUCGAGCAAAGACAACAAGCGUCCUGAGCAGGAUCGGGCGUCCUCUGCAGGGCCGAAAUUGGGUUGUUGAGCGGCACGACCACGAUAAGCUGGUUCCUAUAGGACGCACAGGCGAACUCGUCGUCAAGGGCCCCACUGGUCAGCAAGGACUACCUCAACGACGCCAAGAGGACAAAGGCCGCCUUCAUCAAGAACCCAGCCUAGGCCCCGACCAAGACCAAGGACAGCACCACACGCAGGAUAGGAUGUACAAGACGGGCGAUGUGUUCUUGCAGAAUACCGACAGCAGCUUCGACUUGGUCGGCCGAAAGGACAACCAAGUCAAAUUCAGGGGCCAGCGCGUGGAGUUUAACGAAAUCAGCUCCGCCCUGCUGGAUAGGCCCGAGGUCAAGCACGCGGCGGUUGUAGUCCCCAAGACCGGUCUCUGCGCCAAAAGACUUGUCACUGUGGCAUGUUGCCUACAUGCCGAAGGUGAAGUUGAGACCCGCGUCAAGGCUGGUGACGAUACGAUGGCCAUGUCGCCUGACAUGUUCGGCGCCCGCACACUAGUCUUACAGAAGGUCCUUUGA